AUGGAUCUGCCUGACUCCAUCAUCAUGGACAUUUCUUUUCGGCUUCCAAUCAGGACCCUCUUACAGUCCAGUGUUCGUCUCGCAACAUCACCCUUCAUCGAUAUUGUGUGCCCAUCGCGUAAUGGUUUUUCAUUGGUUGAACUACAGGACCAUGUCCGUAACUACGACACUCAUCUACGUCACGGACCGUUGUGGUUCGGAAAACUUCAACCGGCAAAGUCGUCCGAUUUAAAACUAGGAUUGUUGGGUUCUUGCAAUGGUUUACUCUGUUUGUCGGAUUACUACUUUUUACCAUGUAAACAUACUCAACCCAAUUCCGGGAGAAUAUGUUGCCCUUCCAAAACCCAAAACCGACAAAGAGAGAGAUUUGUGGCUUAUGGGUUUGGGUGGAGUUCGGCCACUGGCCACUACAAAGUCGUGAUUGUAUAUAAAAUGGUGGAGGUUUUUAGUCUUGCAUCUGGUGUAUGGAGAAAUCUGGGAGAUGCCCCGUUUGCCCAGUACUCACUUCUUGUUGGGGUUUGUUUGAACGGGGCUAUUCAUUGGGCUACUGCGAAGCUGUCGAGGACGAACAAUUUGCAACUCGCGGGCAUCGGCUUGAUAUAUGGUCAAUGA